AACAGGUACAAGGGAUGGUUGUUCUUCAACCCAGAGACCCGGAAACUCGUUAUCGCUGAGAGAGCAGUGUUUGAUGAGCGCUACUUUCCAGGCAGCACCCCUCAAGCCAUGAGGAGCUGUCCUGCGGCACCCCCGUCCUCCAUGCUGGUGGAUCCCCCUCGUGCUCCGGCACCGGUGUAUAUCCCUGAUGACGAUGGUGAUGAUGAGCAGCAACAGCCGCCUGCUCGUCCUCUCCCUGCACCACGAGUUCCCUCUCCUGCAGCCAACACUCCACCACCUCCAUCUCCACCACCAGCUGGAGAUGCCCCGCUUCACCCUCCACCCUUGCCUCCUCCUCCCCAAUCUCCAAUUGGAGUGGCAGCUCGUCGUGCUGCUGCUGGCAUCCAUCGUGUCCCUGCACCACCCAGGAGGGCUCUAGCUCCAGCUGCUGCUCCUUCCAGGCGCACCAUGGCAGAGAUCUUUGAAGAGAUCCCUGAAGACCUCAGUGACGAUGAGCUGCUUCUGAAGUCAUUCUCAGCCCUCAUUGUGGCUCGCGAGGGUGACCCCUCAGAUCCCAAGCUGGCAGCAGCUCACGCUACUGCAGUGCAGUCUGUGUUGUCUGCUGUAGCCUCUGGGAACCCCGGUCGUUCUUUGAAGCGUCCAAGCGGGAGGAUGGUCCACUAUGGCGCGCUGCAGCUGCAUCUGAGAUUGACUCUCUGCUCAGCAACUGCACAUGGGAUGUGGUCGACUUGCCCCAAGGGGUCAAGCCAAUUCGCUCUCAAUGGGUGUUUGUGA